GGUACUUCUCGACGAAUCAGAUUGCUACAUAUCGACGAGGCCGAUAUGAACCUUGGAUUCGCCUCAUUGACAUUAUCAUUCCUAGUUUAUUUACUAGUUCCGGUUUUCUCUGGAAGUGACUAUUAUUCCAUACUAAAUGUGCCUCGCAGUGCCAGCAAAAGUGAAAUUAGGAAAGCGUACAGGUCGCUCGCUUCCAAAUUACAUCCUGAUCAAAACCCUGACGAUCCAAAUGCCGACCAGAAAAUCAAGGAGUUAAAUAGAGCUUAUGAGGUUCUUAGCAAAGAUGACAAACGUGAGAUUUAUGAUCGAUAUGGCGAGGAAGGUUUGAAAAACCAAGGAAUGCAUGACUUCAAUCCAUUUGGUUUUACUCAGUCUUCCUCCGAAGAAGCCCGCGGUGGUGAUAUUGUUAUGGACUUAUGGGUUACUCUGGAAGAGCUUUAUGUGGGAGUUUCUUUCGAGGUGACCAGACGUAAACUGAUUAAAGUCCCUGCACCUGGAACUCGGAAAUGCAACUGUCACAUGGAGUUACGUACAACCGUAUUGGGUCAUGGUCGCCUCCAGAUGCAUCAAGAGCAAGUCUGCAGUGAUUGCCCAAAUAUUCAUUUUGUACCUGAAGACCGAACUCUUGAUGUGGAAAUUGAACCGGGAAUGAGAGAUGGCGAGAUUUACCCGUUUUUAGGCGAAGGGGAACCCCAUCCAGAUGGUGAUGCGGGUGAUUUGAAAUUCCGUAUUCGACAACAAAAACAUAAAACUUUUCAUCGACGAGGUGAUGACCUGUACACUAAUCUGACUUUAACGCUUGUUCAAGCACUGAAUGGAUAUCAUAUAUCGUUCCCACAUUUAGAUGGCCAUCAAGUUGUUCUGUCAAGUGAUUAUGUUACAGCUCCAGGAACAAUUAUUCGUAAACUAAACGAAGGAAUGCCUAAUUUUGAAAACAAUAAACUUCGUGGUUCAUUGUAUAUUACAAUUGAUAUUCAAUUCCCUGAUAAUUUUAAAAUACCCAAUGAACAAAGAGCAAUAAUCAAACAAUUAUUCGAUUCAUCUACACCUUCAUCUGACACAGUAUCUAAUGAAUCGGAUAAACCAAUUCUAACAACUUCAUACAAUGGACUAGAUGGAAUAAGCAAAAGGCCUAAUAUGAAAAUUGUGAAUUAAAUUAGUUGUCUUUUGACUACCUUUUCAAAAUGCAAUCAGCCUUCUUGCCUGUAUUUGUAAAAAAAAGACGCAACAAACUAACGAAAGUAGUUAAUUUUACUUUUGUAAAGUGAGUGAUCUUUUUAAACAUAUUAAGUUUAUCAUUUUUCUCAUCUUCAACGCCUAUUGUGUACAGUUUCACUGUUUAUACAAUCCAUUUUUAUAGGGUUAAAUCCAAUCGCCCUUUUUUCUCUCUUAAUGUUUCUUUCAAGUGAUAAAAUUAGGCUUUUUGCAUGUAGAAUCAAGUAAUUGUUGUUGUUGUUGUUAUCAUCGUUUUUAUUUUGUGUAUACCUUAGUUUACACCAUUUUGAAUUGAAUUUCCUGCUGCAAUAAUAGUUUUAUUAAUAUUAGGACAAAUGAAAAUUGAAUCAGUGUAAAGUUUUGUUUACAUUUAUUUCAUGUAUUAUGAAACUUUGUCUUCUUUCUUUCUUUCUCUCUUUUUAUACACAUGAUUGUUUUAAAACUGAACUUCUUUUUUUUUCACUUUCUUACUAUGAAAAUAAUCAGCUAUUGAUCUCACCAUGUCUUCAUUGUUUUUCUAAGGCUGUACAAAAAGAAAAUAGUUACUCCAAAUACACAUUU